CCUAGAAAUCGAGGCACAGCUCCUGGCCGUGUAAUUAACCUCAAUGCUAAUAUGGCCCCAGUCAAAGGUGUAGAGGGUGCUUUUAAACCCGGAUACCUAAAGGCCGCCAAAGGCGACGUUGAAGCUGAUACAAGCAAAUUAUUACGUCGGAAGAUCAAUAUUAUCCUUAAUCGGCUAACAGAUUCUAAUAUGUUAGAUAUACAUAAAGAGAUUAUCGAACUUUGUAUCAAAAGCCAAGAAGAGUUGGAUAUACUUGCAAGUUUAGUUUUCGAAAAAGCCAUCGGUCAAGCGAAGUUUUGCAAGCUAUUCGCCAAACUGGCACGCCGGCUCAAAGACGUGUGUAUUUUGGUCGUUCCUCCACACAAAUCCGGAUUUUCUGGAUUAUUGGUCGAGAAAUCUAAUCUUCAUUUCCAUACCCCAUUUUCGGAGAUAGAAAAGAAAACGAAUGACGAGCUCAAUGCCAAGAUCGAAGCUGCUCAGGAUUCUAGUGUUAAAAAGAUGCUUGAGGCUGAGAGGGAAAAUUUAGUUAACAAGAAGCGAGAUGCCUACAUGUGCAAUAUGCAAUUUGUCGGUGAGCUCUACCUCAUUGGAUUUAUACCUGACAGAAGUGUCCGAUGCUCUCUUCAUAACUUCUUUGAACAUAUGAGCGAGACUAUGUUUGAAGCGUUCCUGGUUUUUGUCUCUACUAUUGGACCUCGUUUUGACGAAACUUCCAAGGAUUAUCUUACUGAGAUAAUGAACAAGGUGGAGCGUAUUAUUAAGAACAUCAAAAUUAGCUCACAUCUUCACUUCAGAUUAAAAGAACUCAAGGAGUUGCGCGCUAGAGGUUGGCAGGAAGAAUUUAAUCGCCCGCUUGAUUCCCUGCAUUCGUCUAAUCAGCCUGAUCAAGUUGUCUCUCGUAGAGCCAGUCAUGUAGAGAAAACUCCUUUGAAGCAGCCUCUUUCCGAAUCUACAGGUCGUGCCCUGACAAAGGGUAGCCUCCAAGCUUUAAGUAUGGUUAUGAAUCCCAAUACUAAGCAAAGUGUCGACUCUUUAAAGUUGGGUUCUGGUAAUCGGUGGAAUCAGUGGAAUCAAGGUUGUGGACACUUGAAUGUGUCAUCUCCAUAA